AUGCCUACAGUCAGCGUCCCGAAUUUCGAGAACGAAGAUUUAUUGAGUGCAAGACUCAUAUCGUUCACGACCAGUAAUGAGCAUGCGUCAGUUGAAUAUGAACCCAACACGACGACCGGGACUAAAUAUGUGAACUCUAAUUUCAAUACAUCAGGCUGUGCCCUAACUGACUCAGAUGUGCAUGGAUCUAAUGUUGUCAUUCGUUCUCCUUUACAUCGAAAUGGAUCGACACCAACUAUGGUCACUUUACAAGACCGCCUCCUCAAUGGAUCCCCUACUGAUGUUUUGGCAUCAACUCAUUCAACGGGCUACGUGUCCGGAUCGUGCACUCCACCACCUGUCCACACACUACCCGGUGCCUCUGGAAAUUUUAUCCCUCUUCACAACCAUAACGGUGUCCCUCCCUACUCGGCCCUAACCUCCCCGUGCCUAAGCAGCAAGUUAAAUCCUGGUGCAAAUGUUCAGCAAUUGUUGGCCUACGGCAACACUCGCGCUAAGAUAUUCUCCGAUGAAAAAGUGCACGGGGAAGAACUUACUGAUACGCACGAUUGGAUGGCCGUGCACAGUCAACUCUCGACGGCUUUGGAAUCGAGGGAAUGUCCUUUGUCCCUUAAGCGAGACCCAUCUGCUAGUCCUGACGAACUCCCACCGGCUAUGUUCAAAGAUGGAGACAAAUCUUUGGCCGGUGCUUGUCUAAAAUAUUUAUCUUUAUAUGAGUUACCCACAAUAAUAGCCUGCGCAAUAAUUGAAUUUUCACUAUGUUCUGGCACCCUGUUGAGGUUUGCCCAAUUAAUCGGUGGCCGUCCCCAAUACCAGCAAAACAAGCAGAACGGUGAGUUUACAGAGCAUUAUUGUGCAACUUCAUUACUCCGGAACCACUUAUGGCCUCGGAUGUUUACGAAGAGCAUUAUCAACUUCAUUACUCCGGAACCACUCAUGGCCUCGGAUGUUUACGACUGCAUAUGUUCCCUCAAGCGCCACCGAGCUCCCGCCCGGGAUGACCUUCCACCAGCACUGUUCAAAGACGAGGGUGAAGUCCUCAGUCAGCGCUUGUCCGAUCUGUUUGCUUGCAUGUGGGAAAAGGAGUCUAUCCCAGACAAGUGGGGAGAAUCGGUGAUAGUGCCCAUUUUAAAAAAAAAGGGCGCGUAUCCCACAUAUACGCUCUACUAUCACCAGCCCAUUAUCGAAGCCCUGUCUUGGCCACGAAGAUGCGCCACCGAUGCAGCUUCCUGUGUAAUUAUCCCGGUUCUACAUCCGGUCUCCAAACCGAUAAGUCCAAACACAAUUCGAUGCAAACGGCAGGCUGUCUUCGAACUGGUCGGACCUCAUUCCCAUCGUUAUUCACAAGCCGAGAAAGAAACCCACUAUUACUAUUUCAUCGAAUACCUCCGACCGUUUAUGACAUUGUCCUUUUUUGCGCUAUCACCACUACCUGCAGAUCCCCCAGUCAUGCUUCAUUCUGACUAA